CAGUCGCAGUGGGGCCAUCUUCGGCAGGCAGGCGGGCAGGCGGGCUGGCGGGCUAGCUCCGCCUUUGCAGCCCGCACCUGCUCCCCUCGCCUGGCCCGAUGGCGCCGCGCCCGCUGGGCCCCUUGGUGCUGGCCUUGGGCGGUGCCGCGGCAGUGCUCGGCUCUGUGCUCUUCAUCCUCUGGAAAACCUACUUCGGCAGUGGACGGGAGAGGCGUUGGGACCGGGGCGAGGCCUGGUGGGGCGCGGAGCCAGCCCGUCUACCCCAGUGGGACGAGUGGGACCCCGAGGACGAGGAGGAGGAGGAGGAGCCGGCGCUGGAAGAGUUAGAGCAGCGCGAGGUGCUGGUGCUGGGACUGGAUGGCUCUGGGAAGAGCACGUUCCUACGUGUGCUGUCAGGGAAGCCACCGCUGGAAGGCCACAUCCCCACCUGGGGCUUCAACUCCGUGAGGCUACCUACCAAGGACUUCGAGGUGGACCUGCUAGAGAUCGGUGGCAGCCAGAACCUACGCUUCUACUGGAAGGAGUUUGUGAAUGAGGUGGAUGUGCUGGUCUUCAUGGUGGACUCAGCUGACCGGCUGCGGUUGCCCUGGGCCCGGCAAGAACUUCAUAAACUGCUGGACAAAGACCCUGACCUGCCUGUCGUUGUGGUUGCCAAUAAGCAGGACCUGAGCGAGGCCAUGAGUAUGGUGGAGCUGCAGCAGGAGCUGGGCUUGCAGGCCGUCGACAGCCAACGGGAAGUUUUCCUCUUGGCAGCCAGCAUUGCCCCUGCUGGACCUGGCUUUGAAAAUCCUGGCACCGUGCAUAUUUGGAAACUGCUCUUGGAGCUUCUCUCCUAGGCUGGAGCCACCUGCUCAUUGCCCAGCCAGGGACCACAGUUCCCUGCCUCCUGCUUCUUCAUCACCAGCCUGGGCCUGGGGCAGGACCCACACGACACUUCCCUUCUCCCCUCCUUGCCCUCUCAAGAGCAAGGUCAAGUCCUGUGCAUACACCUUCCUGGUGAGGUAGCCAUGAGGCUGAAACAGAGAGGUGGGAGAGGGUAGUUUCUUGCUUAUUCUAGGCUGGAGUGUGGAUCCAGCGUUCCUUUCUGUUACCUGCACAGUGAGAUGCUUACUGGGCUCAGUCCUCCCCUCCUUGAAGGUCUCAGUGGUUGAAAGAACCAGUGCAGGUGUCACAAAUACUCCCUGGCACCUCCAGGUCUCCCAGUCUAGACUGUCCCUCCUGGUGACCAUGCCCUUCACAUCCGAGCAGGUUCUGUGUGGUUUGGAGUGAGCCCUUGCUUCCAGCUCUGCAUUUGUCCUUCAGGCCCUGCUCUGCCAGCCAAGCUCAAUGGCACAUACCUGUAAUCCUAGUGACUCAGGAGACUGAGGCAGGAGGAUUGCAAGUUCAUGGCCAGCCUGGGCAACUUAGCAAGCCCCUGCUCUUGUGUAGUCUCUGCCUCUCUGGUCCCUAGGCCAUCAUUUCAAAGGGAGGUGAUUGCCAUGUUUUGUUCUAACUGCCAACCAUGGAGAUGUGAAGUACUAGGAUGAACCUGGAGACCCUAGCAAGGACCUUCUCAACACCUCCCUGCUUUUAAGGCCUGGAUUGCCAGCUUCUCUUGACCGCAGAAUAAGUACAGUUCACCAGACAGAAAGGGUUAAGGCUGGGUUUCCCCCUGAUCUGGAGACAAGCUGCUGCUCUUGUACUAACUGUGCCAAUGCUCAUGUUUACAUAAGCCUGAGUCCCUGGGAAUGAGACUGUUGACUGGAGUUAGGAGUCAGCAUCAGAACUGUGUUUUAUUUAUUUAUUUAUGUAUUUAUCAAAGGAACAGGCCAAAGUUCUAGGUUCUGUUUCUAGGUGCUGUAAUCACAACCCCAGGUGAUUGUCAUAGAAAAUUUGGAACAUUGAGGAAAAUGGAAUCAUGAUGAUAUUGAAAUAACCUACAGAUGACAAUGGAGACAAAGCUGUAGCCACACCUCCUCCUGCCUUUGAGAUUGUAAUUGAUAUCAUAUUUUACAUUGAUUCACAUGAACUUAAACUCAUCCCUUUGGCUCAGUAUGUUGAAGGAACACAAACCCCUUCUGGAUAGAUAAAAAUGACUCUGGGAGAGGAAAUUUCUGUAAAUCCAGGUAAAAAGAUGAAAAAAAAAAAAAUUCAUCAUGUGAAUCUAUAGGACAGGAAUAGCAGACCAGCCAACAAGGUGGCCUUGGGCAUAUCACUCAGCCUUCCUGGACCAUUUACUCCCCAACAAAAGCAAAGUUGGACUGAAAUUCUGGAAUUAUCUCCAGUGCACAUUCCAUGAUUCUAUGAAUAGUGAUCAGCCAAUUUAAGGACUGUCUCCACAUCAACAGUUCUUGUUUGUACAGGCAAAAGAAGGAGCCUGUUGUCUGUCAGGGGCCACUGAAUAAUCAACAACUGCAAACGGACUUAUUUUUUUAAGGUGAUAUCCCACUCAAUUUGCUUUCUAAUUGAGAACAGAAGUGUGUGCCUUUGUUUCAUUUGACGUGUACCAGCAUGCUUCAGUACCAUAAUGUGGUCAGGAAGGGCACUGUGGAGGGGCAGUGUGUGGGAAGCUUUUAAGUCCAGAAAUAAGUGUGAUCUGUGGGAAUGUGGCCCACUGUGCCCUUGGACUGUGGAACUAACAGAAUGGAAUCACUGUUCUUUGAUAUGCCAAUUCAUCUUCCAUGGCAAGAAGGGAUGUUUCUGCUUUUGUAUUAAAUAUUUAAGGAAUGACUUGGGUUUUAGAGUAGCCUUUGAAAUUUUGCUAGCAGUUUUUCAUCUUGUCAUUGGAAGAGUGAGAAACUGUGUCUUUGUUCUAUAAAAUUCACCUUGUUCUCCAGGGCUUAAAGGUUGCCUUCGGAACCAGCAUUGACUGUUGAGAGGGAUACUUUUUUUCCUAAUUAAGAUCUGCCUUUGUCUAAUGAAUAUCAUUAUGUAGUACAAUUUUUAAAGUCCUCAAUAAGGGGAGAUGAACUUGAAGAAUAAACAAUUCUACUAUA